UAAAAGAAGCCAAGUAUGAGAGGACCAAUAGCACAUUUCCUCUCAAAGCGCCUAUUUCCAUCUAUACCAACCAUAAAUACAGGGAAGGUAUGUCCUGUAGAAUUUGAAGAAAGUGUUGACCAAUCAUAUUUCUACGAUUCGACCACCGCUGUCAGGCCAGCCAAUCGGAUUUUGAGAGACCCAGCUUCAGCUCAACAGCUUGUUAUUCGUGUAUUGCUUUGCAAAUCUGGCUAGCAAGUCGUGUCGUUGCAUCAAUCAAAACCAAUCGAGCUGGACUCCCUCAAAUAGCCUCUACGAUGAAGGCAGCGGACGAGCCUGCCUACCUGACCGUGGGGACGGAGGUCAGCGCCAAAUACAGAGGUGCCUUCUGUGAGGCAAAAAUCAAGACUGUUAAACGUACCGUGAAGGUUAAGGUGAUGCUCAAAGGAGACACUACCUCACAAGUUGUUCAAGAUGACCAAGUGAAAGGACAGUUGAGGGUGGGCUCCACAGUGGAGGUGAAGAGUGCAGAGGGGAUCUGCAGUGAGGCAACCAUCAACAAACUCACAGACGCCAGUUGGUAUACAGUGGUGUUUGACGAUGGGGAUGAGAAGACACUCCGCAGGACGUCUCUGUGUCUUAAGGGCGAGAGACAUUUUGCUGAGAGCGAGACGUUGGACCAACUACCCCUGACCAACCCGGAGCACUUUGGCACCCCCGUCAUCGGGAAGAAGGGAAACCGCGGAGGAAGGAGGUCAUCUCAGGCUCAUGCGAACGAUGACAAGGAGUCGUCGUCCAGUGAUGACGACAGUGAGGACAGGAGGAGGCUAAAUGACAACCUGCUGGGUAAAGUGGCCAGUAUUCAGACUGGGACAGACCGGACAUCCUGGUACCUGGCCCUGGUGAUAUCACCCAGCUGCAAUGAUGACCUGACAGUCAAGAAAGACCAAUGUUUAGUGAGAUCAUUUGCAGACUCCAAAUUUCGCACUGUGGCAAGAAAGGAGAUCCAUGAAGUGAACAUGGACAGCAUCUCUAAAGCUGAAUUCUCGUUGAGGAACGGGUUGGACGAGGCAGUGCAUUUCCUCAAAACCAAGGUGGUCCCUGACAGUUGGAAGAUGGACAUGAGCGAGAUCUUAGAAUCCUCCAGCAGUGAUGAGGAGGACAAGGAAGGAAAGGAUAGUGAGGAGGAGGAGGAGAAGGAGGAUGACGAGCAGCCUGAGGAUGAGGCGGACCCAGAGGAGAGGGAUCACUUCCUGCAGCAGCUGUAUAAGUUCAUGGAGGAUCGAGGGACGCCAAUUAACAAGCCUCCUGUGCUCGGCUACAAGGAUCUGAACCUCUUCAAGCUCUUCAGGCUAGUCUACCAGCAGGGGGGCUGUGACAAAAUUGAAAGUGGAUCUGUAUGGAAACAAAUCUACAUGGACCUGGGCAUUCCCAUCCUAAACUCUGCUGCCUCCUACAAUGUGAAGACUGCCUACAGAAAGUACCUGUAUGGCUUUGAGGAGUACUGCCGCUCAGCCUGCAUUGUGUUCAGGACCAUCCACCACAACGAGGCUCGUCCAGCAUCCCAGUCCUCCCAGUCCCAGACAGAGCAGAAGGCUGCCCAGGUCCCUGAGGUGAAGGACAAGGUUGGCAAGGGCCCAACACCACCCGUCCAGAAUGAGUCUACUGCAGCCACAGAGGACAAGCCUGCCCAGGAGGAGGCUGAGUCGGGGAGUGAGAGCGACAAAGAGAGCCACAAAGAUAUCGCCUCUCCCAGGGGGAGGAGACGGUGCACUGUGACCCCGGUCAAAGCUGAGGUGAAGGAGCCUGUCAAGCUGGAGAAGAUCAAAGAGCAGGAGCCAAGUGUUCUGGGUGUGGGGGAGACCAGUGGAGAGGAGAGGGGUGGUCAAAAAGAGAGCAGCAGGUCAGACGGAGGGGACACCCAGGGGAAUGGAUGCAGCCGACGUCUGGAGGAGUCCGAUAAAGAGUCUGAGGACGAAGGGGAGGAUGAGGACAGCGAGAGGAGAGUUGGAGAAGGGGCUGAGGAUGAGGACUCUGUGACAGGGACUAAGGUGAAGGUAAAGUACGGCCGAGGGAAGACCCAGAAGAUAUACGAGGCCAACAUCAAGAAAACUGAGAACGAUGAUGCCGGAGAUGUCCUCUACCUGGUACACUACUACGGCUGGAAUGUCAGGUAUGAUGAGUGGGUCAAAGCAGACCGGAUCAUCUGGCCUGUCGACAAGGGCGGAACAAAAAAUAAACAGAAAAAGAAAGUCAUGAACAAAGAGGAUGGAGAGAAGGACAAGCAGGGGAAGCUGGGUGGGUUGAGAGGUCGCCCUCUUCUCAGAACCACUCCCCCCAGUGCCAACCGCAGUGUCUCCAAGACCCCCAGCCGUGAGGGGCGCUCCAGCAGCAAGAGCAAAUCUGACACCUCACCCCUGCCCAAUGGAGAGGGUACCCCUCGCCAACGCACAAGAAGAUCCUCUGGGAUGUAUGACUCGGACAGGGAUGCCAACUCCAAUGAUGAGUCAGGGAAUUCGUCUGAGGACAGUGAGUCAGAGGAUUCGCCGGAGAAGAAGCCUGCAUGGGCGGAGAGAACCGACCCCGCCACGGCCCGUAAACAGGAAGAGGAGGAGGACCUGAGGGUGGAGAGAGGAAGAGCAGAGGCAGUGGCCGCCGCAGCAGCCCAGGCAGCAGCACAGCUCCAGCCCCCCAGCAGCCCUAAGGAGAAGGAGCAGCAGCAGGAGGACAAAAUCCCUGAGAGGGAGCCUGAGAAAGAUGAGGCUGAGGAGCAGCCCCAGAUGCCUCCCAUGACCCCUGAACCUGACAGACCCAAGGAGGAGGACCCCCCUAACCUGAAAUCCCCCAGGCCUAAAGCAUCACGUAGAAGUAACGUUAGAGACCCAGAGAGGAACACCAACAACACUGGCUCUGAGAUAUCCACCACCACUCCCAACCACACUGAGAAGGAGUCGUUCCCCAGCCCAUGCCCCCUGAAGAGGCAGGAUGAGCCCAUGGUGGUCCUUCACUGUCUCCCUGCUGAGCACCUCCCCAGCAUGCCCGACCUCCCCAUCAUGGACUCCGACACAGACUCUGCCCCGGAAGAGGAGAUCUGCAGGGAGGAGCGAGGCGUGGCCAAGCGUAAAGCCACCGACCACAGGACGCCGGACAAGAAGGUGCGUCUAGACUGGAGGGAGGAUACUGUCAGAAUGGCAUCGCCGGGCGGGAGGCCCCACGACUCGCCGGGCGGGAGGCCCCACGACUCGCCGGGCGGGAGGCCCCACGACUCGCCGGGCGGGAGGCCCCACGACUCGCCGGGCGGGAGGCCCCACGACUCGCCGGGCGGGAGGCCCCACGACUCGCCGGGCGGGAGGCCCCACGACUCGCCGGGCGGGAGGCCCCACGACUCGCCGGGCGGGAGGCCCCACGACUCGCCGGGCGGGAGGCCCCACGACUCGCCGGGCGGGAGGCACACGAUUCCAGAGCGGAGGCUGGAGUCGGGGGGACUGAAAGAAGAAGAGUGUCUGACGCAAGCGAAGGGUAAAACGGAGCCGGAGGUUAAAACAGAGAUGCCUGCCCUCACUCCGGAGGUGCGGUGUCGAGGUCCAGGAGAGGGGGGUGUCGCAGGAGGUCAGCCCAGGUCGGAGCAGCCAGACUAUGGGGCAGAGGAGGAGCUGAUGCCCCAGAUAGGGCCUGAGGCGCUGGUCUGCCAUGAGGUGGAUUUGGACGACCUGGAUGAGAAGGACAAGACCUCAGCAGAAGACCUCCUAAUGAUGAUGAGCCAAGGGAAAGUCCAUGCUCCCCCUCCAUCCAAUGCCUCCUCCCACCACCCCCAGACCCACAACAACCCUCCUCCGUCCUCCGGUGGCACUGCUCCUCCACAAGUCUUUUCCCCCACCUCGGCCCCUAGCCCUGAUGAGUCUAUAAGCACCAAGAGUGAGAGCGACGUCACCAUCGAGGUUGACAGCGUAGCUGGGGAGUCUCAGGAGGGGCUCGGUGAUAAUGAGUCGGCCAACUCCAACUGCUUUGAAGCCAACACCAGCUCUAGCAACUCGAGCGUGUCACUACAGGAGAGGGACACCAAGGACAGAGGUCAGAAAAGGUUGAUGGACUGCAAUAUGAGUUGUUCUGCAAAGAAGCAGAAGCGCAACCAGAAACGGCCAAGCACAACAUCCAAAAUGGAGAAGAAUGGAGCAGAGUACAGCAGUGACAGUGAGGACCUGGCUGUUAUGGACCCCUCCUGUAAGAUGACUCCAGUGAAACACUCAAUGUCUAAAGGAAGCCUGAAGUUGGUCUCUCCUAACAGUAAGGAGUUAGAGAAGGACAAGCACAAACACAAGCAGUCCUCCUUCCCCUCCCCUCGCACAUACAAGUGGACCUUCCAGCUCAAUGAACUGGACAGCAUGACAAGUGCUGAGAGGAUUUCCUUCUUACAAGACAAACUACAGGAUAUAAGGAAGUAUUACAUGUCACUCAAGUCUGAAGUGGCCUCCAUAGACAGGAGGCGGAAGAGGUUAAAGAAGAAAGAAAGAGAAGUGUCCCACACCACAGCUUCAACAUCGUCUGGCUCGUCAGACACUGGGAUGAGCCCUUCCUCUGCCUCACCGACUCAGAACACUGUGGUUGUCGAGUGCAGGUGAUGACACGCCUUCUCCCCCACGGUUCCCAUGACGACUACCCUUUCCCACCAUCCCGCUGCCUCCCUGGAGACACGGUUGUGUCUGAAAUGGCACCCUAUUCCCUUUAAAGUGCAAAUCUUUUGACCAGAAGCCAGUGUUAAAUGACCAGAGGCCCUGGUCAAAAGUAGUCCACUAUAUAGGGCAUAGAGGUGCCAUUUCAGGCAUACCCACGUACUGACACACCAGAGCCAGCGGCCAAAAGCACUCGACUGCCCCCCUCUGUCUCCUUUCACCCCCCCCAUCCCUCCUACCGCAUCCCAUCCACCACUUGGCCACUCCCACUUCUUGCACUUCCCUGCCUUGUAGAUAUUGUGGUCCACCUACUGUAGUGUUGUCAGGAAAUGGAUUCUACAUGAGUUGAAUGUAAAGGAAACCACAAACCCCAGAUACUCCUAGCCAAACCCCUUCACUCUCCAUCCUUGAACAGUCCAUGGCACUUUUCUUCUUCAUACUCUGUCAGAAACAGAUAUAACCUCCUCUGGUUCCCCAAACAGGAGCAAUCUAGAUUCAGUAAUGAAUCAAUGAUGUCUAUCAGCAGAACCAGACAUACAUUGUGUAUGUAACCUACAAUGUAAAGGGUCCCUACCCAUGUUAAUAAUGGUCACUUAACCACCAUGUUAAUAAUGGUCACUUAACCACCUUGGACAUUGUUUGCAAAAAGGUCAAUUAUGUUCGCUUGCGCCAUCAGAACUGCCAAAGUACACGUGUUACAGCAGAUUGCCCUAUUUUGGAAAAGUGGGACAAAUUCAAUUGCGAAAGGGAAUGUAGUUUACUGAAAACUGCAGCCGUUGUCUUCCAUUAUUGCAGUGUGUUAUCACAGAUUAAUUAUGAAAACUAUUUUUGGGUCUCUUUUUAAGAAAAGUAAUAAAAAAAUGAUUAGAAAAAGGUUUAUUACAGUGGAACACAGGAGAAUGUUUUCAGUGGACUAAUUUCCUUUGCGAGUGUAUUGUCUUUUUAUAUGUAAUUGCAGAGUUUUUAUUUUAGUAUGGAAAAUUUCAAAAAGAAUAUAUCACAACAGUGAAGUUAUUUAAUGAAAGAUUUCUAGCCCUGAAAUUUUGUGUAAAAAAGGUUUCUUGCAUUGUUAAAUAUAUUUAUUCUGUCAGUGGACACAUUUUAGUAUUUUUUACAAUAUAGAGACACGAACCUUCCACAGUUUGGACAAUGGGAAAUUCUGAUAUUGAAAGAAUGUUGUGUGCUCAUCUAAAAGCAGACUUUGACUGUGAUGUUUCAAUUGGGUAGCUACUGUGCAGUACAUGUUUCCCCCAUUUUCAACAGGGCACUCAACUUUCUCAACAUGUUUUUUUUUUCCCCCUAGAUGGUUUUUGGGGAACACCGUAAUUUGGUGGCCUUCACUUUGUUUCUUGGUACUUGUAUUUGUUAUAAUUUAAAACAUCUAUUCUUAUUUCGACAUGAGUUCUGACCAAUAAAUAAAAGUUGCUUAAGGAAUAAGUAUGUAAAGCCCAGAGGUUUCUUAUGAUUGUUUUGUAUAUAGAUCUUCCAAAACCAUGAAUUUGAAAAAUACAUUUGACAAACUGUAAAGAAUGACUUAUAUAAUUUUUUUUAAACCUCAUCUUUGUACUGGUAUAUUAAAACUUUUUUUUAUGUCAAGUUGGUAGAAACAUUCACACACACACACAGACUAUAUACUGACCCAGUGGGUUUCAGCAUUAGUCUGAAACUAACCCUACAGAAGAGUGUCAUGGAAGCAUUCAGAACAUUGAUGUUUUUUAUGCCUUUAUGGACUUGUUUAAAACACACAGUACUUCCUUAAAACCUAAGUUUACCUACAGAUUCCUGGAUGAAGGAAAGAAGGUAUUAAGAUUACCUGAGCAAAGUCUUUGUAUCUUAAUGUAAAAUAAGCAGAGCUCUUCAUUUCUAAUAAAGUUUUUAAAUAUA